AUGGCUACUUUCAACAACAACCAUGAUAAUGCUGCUGGAAAUAAUAACACUCAAAUAUGGUCAGUAGUAGGCAAUGGUGGUGACGCAAUAGAUGAGUCAUUUUGGGAUGAUAGUGAUUUACUUGCUGAAUAUGCUCAAGUUGAGUCAGUUGUUAAGGAAAAAGUAAUAGAAAAGUAUGCGAAAACCUUCUCAAAAAGUAAUAAUAAAUUCCGCCGCAGUAACUUCAAUAAGAAAUCAUCCAAGCCAUUUACUGAAGUGAAGAUUCCUUCUACUAAAGAUGAUAACCAGAAUGAAGUUGCUGAUUUCGUCGAGUCUGAAACGCCUAAUGAACAGUUCACCUGCAAUCUAAACUGGAUUCCACCGUGUGUAAACCCACCAGAGGAACUAUUUUCUCAGUUGCCUUAUUCAAGUGAAUAUAGCUCAUUUAAUGCUCAGCCGGCUUAUACAUCAUCACAACCUGUCUUUGGGACAGAAGGAGCAAAUUUCCCCAAAAUUGAUCCUAUCGCACGUGCUUGGUAUGAUGCAGGCUACCGGUUGGGUCGUUUACACGCUUUAAAACUGAAAGCGACAUCAUCUGUGAAGGUUUCAAACUCCUGAAAGCCUCCUUUUUAUAUCAUCAUCAUUAUGUUUCUGGUUUUUGCCUAAUCAGUUUUCUAUAACACUACAGUGUCUCAUAUCAAGAUUAUUCUGAAUUUGUAUUCUUUGUUAAAAUUUCUUAUGAGUAUAUAUAUAAAACUCAUGUUAAAAAGAACCUCCAAUAUGUUCAUACACAUACUGUUGAUUCAGUAUUUUCCAUGAUGUAAAAAUUCAUAAAUUCAU